AUGAUUAUAACAUCUGAGCUGAUAAGAUGUUUAACUGGAUCAUCUAUUGAGGGCAAUUUUUCAGUUACCGUGAGCUUUGAUGGAGCAGAGAGAGUGUUGCCUGGUGUAUAUCUGUACGCACCUGAUCCUUCUAUUGAAGAUUACACACCCAAGGAAUCCAUCAUGUCUGGUGGAAUACAGCUGACUGUGACUGGGACAGGGUUCUCUAUUUUACAGACUGCUGAACUACAACUAACGUCCAGUGACACGACAAUCAUUGAGCAGGAAUGCGUUAUAAUCUCUGAUUCAGAGAUUAACUGCCUGACUCCAAACGUGACUGCAUCAGACCUGACACCAGCCUCAUCACGCCGCCGAAGACAAUCUACAUCUACCGAUGUAGGAAUUUCUUUCAUCUUGGAUGGUCUGGUUUCCCCAGCUGAUGAUGAUCUGGCAUUUUACCCUGAUCCUGUGUAUAACACAAAGAAUGUUGUCAUCGGAACCGCCGGAGAAAUAGUGACACUUACAGGAGAAAACCUCAACAUACCAUCAGAGAACAUUGAGGAGUUUGUGACUGUUUGCAUGGGUCAGUCAAAGUGUGAGGUGACCGAGGCCACAUCAACUUCAUUGAAUUUCUUGUCUCCUGCAGAACAACCAAGGAAUGGGAUAUGUAAAGGGAAUGCUACCGAUCUCCCUAAUGCCAUCAAUAUUGUGGUGUUUCAUGGGGAGAACAUCAGGCAGUACAUAGGCAGUGCCACCUAUGACACGAGCGGUACUAACAUUGCUAUCAUCGUUGGUGCGUCCGUUGGAGGUGUUGUCUUCUUCAGUAUUGUCCUCUUCCUUGCCUUUGUGGUCAUUGGGCAUAGGAACUACAGAGCCACGAUCAUGAAGACUGAAAUGGAAAUGGAGAACCUUAUGAAGAACUCAAGGAGAGAGGUCAUGACAGGUUUCUUCAUUGACCAAGAGAUGACUGAUAUUGAGGAUCAGCUCAGGGGGCUAGGUAUGCCAUUCGUCAGCAACCAUGACUACAUGAAGAGCAUGUUAUUCUUUGGUUUGGAUGUCAAGCCAGAUGAUCAAGACCCAGAGCUACCAAGCGAGUCAGAGGAGAUGGCUAUGAUUGCGUUCUCUAAACUUCUCAGCAACAAAGAUUUCCUGCUCAUUUUUAUUAAAGCACUUGACAAAUGCAGGAAAAUCACUACAAAAGAAAAGGCCAAUAUAGCAUCGCUGCUCACGGUAGUUCUAGUCAUGGAGAAGAAGUUCAAAUAUUUCACAGAUGUCCUGACAACUCUAAUGAGUGAUACAAUAGGAGAAGCAGCAGACAGACAGAGGCUAAAACAACUAUUUAAAAGGACUGAAUCUUUGGAAGAUAAAAUGCUCAACAACUGGAUUGCUUUAGCUAUGUUUAAGUUCAUUAAGGAAUCUGCUGGUGAGCCGUUGUACAAACUCUAUCAAGCUAUCAAGAUUCAAUGCGAGAAAGGACCUGUGGAUGCCCUGACUGGACAGUCUUUCUUCUCACUCAACUUUGACAAUCUCCUCACAGAGAGCCAAGAAUUUGAAGAAGUGACUUUGAAUGUAGAAAGUGAGUUGGGACCUGAGGAGGUGAGGGUGUUGGAUGUGGACACCAUAACACAGGUCAAAGAGAAGAUUCUAGAUGCCAUGUACCGUAAGAAGCACACCAAGUAUCAACGCAGCGCUCGAGAGGUGGAUCUCGUUUUAAGGAGUGGUCAAACCGGACAGCUAGUUCUCAGUGACUAUGACACAUCAUCACACCCAUCUAUGGGCUGGUGUGAAGUCAAUACCAUCAAGCAUUAUGGGAUUCCAACAGGAUCACGGGUUGGUCUUACCGACAAACAAUCUCAGCCUAACUCUGAUCCUGUACCAAUGAAUGAUGCUGCCAAUAACCUGUUCACCUUGUUUCCAGAAUUUCAUAAGCAUUCUAAAGAUGAUACUAAUCGUCAGUCAGUGCGUGUAACUGGUCACCAUGACUACUCAUCUCAUGAUCUUGAGCAAGGUCCUCAGGGCCUGAAAUACUUUCACUUGGUCCAAUCUGAUGAUAUUGAGGAGGAGGAAGAGAAGGAAGAAGGAUUCUGCGACAAAAUGCAGCGUGUAUUGUGCUUUAAGGGUACGCAGGGAAAGCGCAAGAUUCGAGAGAUCUAUCUUCAGAGACUAGUUUCUGUCAAGCAAUCUAUCAACAACUUUGUGAAUGAUGCGCUAGAGGCCAUGUUUACUAUCCAGGAAAAUGGCUAUGAGAACAACCUGAAUAACAUCCCCUUUGCUCUCAGAUUCCUCUUCAAUUUCUUUGAUGAGGAGGCCAGUCGAUAUGAUGAAGACGAAUCUACUACCUGGAAAAACAAUAUCUUGCCUCUUCGUUUCUGGGCAACAAUCCUUGCACAUCCAUCCUUCAUCUUCAACAUGCGUCAGUCGCGCACUGCUGAUGCCUCUGUCACUGUCUUGAAUCAGAUGCUGGAUAAUGCAGCCAAGGGAGUGGUCCCUAAACUAAAGAUGAACUCCUCCCCAAGUAGGCUUCUGUUUAACCGCGAGCUGCCUUCACACAUUGAUCUCCUUGUUACGUACUACCACAACAUCAAACAAAGCGGAGGACUAGAAGAAGUAGACUUGAAGGAAGAAUGUUCACGUAUUGACGUAGAAUUCACUGGAUUGUUCAGCCGUUUGACGACACUCCGGAAGCUCUAUGAAAGUAUUCGUUCACAUGAAGAAAUACUUGUGGAGGCCCUUGAGAAAGAUGAAAUAUGCAGUCAAAAUCACUUUGCCAGCAGCCUUGAGAGAGUGGGCAACACUUUGUAUCAAACAGAGGAUUAGAUCUUACCUGUACCUUUAACACAUCCAGUGGCAUACCAAAGAGGUUUCAAAAGGUCAAAUUGACGUUUAUGUUUGGUAUGUGUGUAUUUAAUGUCAAAUGUAAUUGAAUAGAUUUUUCCCAAUUUAUGCCCAUCAAUUAUAAACUUUCAAACUAAUCCUUUGUAUUAAUAGGCCUACUUGAUUAUCUUUUUUCUUUCUUUUUUUUUCCUGACAAACAAAUAUCUAAUUGUUAUUUGUUAUAAGUUUCUUUUCAGUUAAAUAUAUACAGACUUUGUGAAAUUUGCAUUUAUGCUCAACUCAACUGACUAUGCCAUUUUGUUCAUUUUUCUGAAGACUAAAAAAGUGAAGAACAUUUAUUGGAAUUUCAUUUUUAACAUAAAGUUACAUUUGCAUUAGAUACUUGUAAAGCAUGAUAAAGGUAAAUUUAAGAAAUGCAGUAUAUCACAUUAUUUUUGACCCAUCAAGUGUUUGCUACUGUGCCAUGUUUGCUUCAUAUUGCCUGCUUUC